UACCAAUAUCUGAUUUGGUUUUGAGGAACUGGAUCUUUACCACUCAAUUCGGUAUUACAGGCAAGAUAGGUGACAAAAAGGCUGGUACCAUGACUUUUUCUGAGAUUCCAAAAUUGCAACUUUGUUUCUGUUUGUUGCUGAAGUAAAGUCAAGUCAGAAGGAAUUCAACAGUGCACUGGGACUUACCAGGUGAAGAAGGUGAGGUGUAUCCCAGUAAAUAUCAUUUUAUGUAAGCAGCUCUUGUAGAAUUUUGAUGUUGAAAACCUACUGCAGAUACUUUGGAGAUUAAUGAUAACAUAAGUUUCAGAAAAGGUAUGUACCUCAUUGCUAAAUGUCAUACAGAAUUGCUUUAUAAAUUUAUCACUUGCUCUAUAUUGCUGGUGUAUUAGGAAAAAUUUCUUCACCAAAAGGGUUGUCAAGCACUGGAACAGGCUGCCCAAGGAAGUGGUUGAGUCACCACCCCUGGAGGUAUUUAAAAGACUUUAGUUGUGGUGCUUGGGGACAUGGUUCAGUGGUGGUCUUGGCAGUGCUGGGUUAACGGUUGGACUUGAUGACCUGGAAGGUCUUUUCCGACCUAAAUGAUUCUAUGAUUCUAUUCUGUAUUUCAUUACACCAAUGACUGCAGGCGUUUUUUGAUGUCAAGCAGACAUCAGCUGAGAUGUAUGCUAGAGCUGAAGUUUGUACAACUGCAAAUAACUAACUCUUUUCUAGUUUUGCCAUUUUCCAGAAAAAUGUGACUAACUUUAGAUUAUUUACUUUGUAUGUUCUGCCUCAGUGAUCAUGAAAAUGCAUUUGUUUAUCCAGAAAAGUGUGUCAUCUGAGCACUGUCUCUCAGUCAAGCUGGGCAGUGCUGUUUUGAGCAGUAGGUUACAACCUUUCAGUCUACAUGUAACAGAGAUAUGGCAAAAAGCUUUUAAUAUUGUCUAAACGGUAGGCUGAGAAAUUUCAAAGUGGUGUUACAGAAAGGGAAUUCCUAUUUCAACAAAUACUAUUACAUUUUUUUCUGGUCUGUUUAUUACUAACCAUUUUUUUAAAAAUGCAUACUAUGUAGUAAAAUUUAAAUAUUGUCCAAAACAGCACCUUUUUGGUUUUACCUUUUGCAUGUGUUGUAUGUGUUUAAAAACAACUCGCUAGCAAAUGCCCCUGUAAAGAAGACAAGUCUAUCUCCAUGCUGGUUCUCGAAUUUUCUCAAUGUUUGUGUGCCAUAUGGUUUUACAAUAAGGAAAACUCCUCAAAAGGCAUGUAGGUGGAUUAAAAGAGGAGGAACUAAGAUAAAACUAGUCAAAACUAGUAAAUGAUUUGUUUCAUUAAAUGCAAAAACCUUAACAUGGUACUGGGUAUACCCCAAGCAGGAAGUGUUUAGGUAUGCCAUCAGAGUGCAUUAGAGUGUUUCUUUGGGAUAGUAUUUUCUUAGAAUCAGUCGGAAAACAGAAGUUGGCUGGAAAAGUGAAGAGUAAGAAAUUCUGUUAUUCUGCAUUUAGUAGUUCACCAGUUUCCUUUUUGCUUUAGUCCUUUUUUUAGAAACUCCAAACCUUUAGAGAACUGAUUUUGCUGAACUGCUAGAAAACCUCCAUGUUUCCAAAGCAUAGAUAUGACAUGGUUGUUGUAUUUAUUAUGAACUAUUGAGUGUCACUAUGGAAGGUCAUAUCCAGGUAUGCUAUAUCAUCAACCUGGACCAACAUUUGUAUUCAUUAUUAUUUUGACGUGCAAUAAUAGCUGUUAGCUUCUCUUGCUCAUCCAGGUGGUGGUUCUUCCAUUAUUUGGUGGAUGCAUUUCUCCUGUUCUCACAUUCUAAAGUGAAUCCUGUCCAGUGUGGUUGUCCUUCCUUAUUCAGGAUUAAUGAUGGGGGGAGGAAAUAAAUGUGAUGACCUCUGAGUUUUCCUCACCCCCCACCCCCCGCUUAUAUCUGCUAAGUUCCACAGUACUUUUUGGUGUGGCAUCCUAUCCUAAGAAAGUUUCUAUCAACAUUGUCCUGAAAGUGUUGACAGAUGUGCCAGGAGUUAGACACCUGAAACAUGCUUGAAUCGGUAUGGGAGAUGUUCAUUUCCAUCAGCAGCAGCACAAAUUCCCACUGGGGAGACAUGAGUGGUAAGCAAGAGUGUAACUACAGUAAUACCAAGACUGGAGAAGUUCAUUAGUUGUCUGUGCUGGUGUUGACAUUCCAAUUUGACUGUCAUUUCUGCAGAGUUAUUAUGGCAGCACAAGGGCCUUUAGGUACAAUACUAAGUUCUUCUUGGAAUUGUUGCACGAGUCUGAUGUUUUAUUCCCCACUCCAUUAAAAACAAUUAAAAAUGGGCCGUUAUUUUCUAUUUAACUGGUAAGGGGUUUUAUGCUUCUGAAACUUCAGAUAAUUUCCAAAACCACUUUCAAGUCAUGAAUUUUCAUCACCGAACAAGAAAGUUAAUCUCAGGAUUUAAGACAUAAUCUGUAAUCAGUGUAUCAUUUCUGCAAAUCUGGGUUAUAUGUAAGUAAUCUCUCCAACUGCUGUUGCAGAUGCUUCACUUUGAUAUCACUUAAUUCAAUAGAAAAAUAAGAUCUAUUAAAUCCUAAACCUUUGGCAUCCCAUGUCUCUUUUUGGGGGAGAAAGGCAUGUUGCUGAGUAAGGAAUGUGUUGUGAUCAGAAUUCGGCAUGGAAUUUGUCUUUGCUAACUUCAAGCAUCUGCAGUAUAGAGAACUGCACUUACAUCGUAGGGCACUGUAUUGAAAAUAGGCUGGUUUGGAAAAAGAGAGGUCAGUUUUCAUUACUCAGAGGAAAGCACCAUGUGGACGUAAAUGCCAACAGUUGAAGGAGAUCCAGUUUCUUAGUAGGAUGUCUUAUCUGGAUGCCGUUAUAGGGCAAUAAAAUUUGUGUGCUUUCCACCAAGAUCUUUUCAGGGAUCUGUAGUGCUUGUUGCAGCGAUAUCAAGGCAUCGAGACUUUGGAAUCCGGUUCCAGUCAAGUGACUUUGUGGCUACGCUGAGGCUGAGAAGGCUGCUGAUGUGCUUCACAGAGGAUUAGGAGGGUUUGCUUUGCAGAGUUCAAAAUGAUUAAAGGGGAAGGAUAGGUUUCUGUAGGCGACCUUUAGGUCCCAGUGACUGGCUUUCCCUCUGCACACACAGUCACCCCUUCUUGUAAUUUUUUUUCUCUCUUAAAAAUUUCAGAAUACAACACUUAAAACCAGCUUAUGUUACAUAUAAAUGCCCAGAAACUAACUGAUUUUACUCUAUAGUUCUUCUAGCUGCUGAUUUGUUUCCUUUAGUAUGUUGUGUGAAGUACCAUCUUGAACAAAGGGUUACAGAAAAGUGAAGAAUUACAGAAAGGCGCAGAUCUUUGAUACAAAGAUUUGUCAGUCAAACUUAGCUUUGAAAAUCUCAUCUCUCUCUGAAGAGGUGCGUAGGGAAAAGUUACGUUUCUGGACAAGGAUUUUCUUACAUAUGUUCAUUUCAGGGUUGGCUGGCUGACAGGCUGACAUCAAGAUUUCAGAGAAGUCACUGUUAGGGCUGAUACCUGUUAAAUUCAAUGAGAAGUGCAGACCAAAAAAAAUCAGACAUUCUGAAAAGAGCUACAGAAUUAGUUGUAAAUAACUGCCUACAACUGUGUUAUUUUUUCUGUGAUGUAUUAUUUUGUUGCUGAUAAAAUAUGAAAUAUUUUUUCCAAAUACGUACCCAUCCAUGCUAAUAUACUGACCAGUAAAUAUCAAGAGUUGCUGUAGUCACUGUAUCUUUACAUUAUUCAGAUUUUUGGUUAGUAUGUUUUGAAUUUGAGUCCAGAUUAUUUAAGUAUAUUCCAUUUAAUCUUUAUGGAUGAAAUUUUCUUACUGCAUCCUCCACUUAGUACCUUCCUGCUCAGCAUGACAUUUAAUGAAAUUUCAGAAUAGCAGUAGCUCUUUAGUAUCUAUUACUGAAACAUCAUUUAGAGAGACAUCCAGAAACAUGUUGUUUGGUCUUGCAUUGAUUUGUGAUACAUUUUGUAAAACUAUGUUAAUGAGAUGACAACUAUAUUUAUUUAAAUUGGUUUAAAGUGUUCAAGAUUGUUCUGAAUUGCAAGGUGUAAAUUUGUUUAAUCGAUAGAAGGUUUUAUUUGAGAUUUUAUCUAUUUUAAAAAGCAGGUGAUCUGUAUUUGAUCAUCAUAUUAACAUGUAGUACCUAUUCUUCAAAUUGAAUGCCACAAAUACAUUGUUACUGAAAUACUUUUACAUUUAACUAUUUUUUUUCACAUAGGGAGACGAUUUUUAAGAAUUCUGAGCACCUGUUGACAAAAGCAAAGCAGAAGAAAAAGCGAAAAAGAAACAAAAAAGUGAAAGGUAAUCACACAGAAAGUAUGAAGAAAAUGUUAGAGGGAGCAGCUCAUCCCCCAGUUCCAGAUGACCAGGACAUACCAGAAAGUGCAGAGGAUGAUUCAGAAGAAAACAGCAAAUCAUUGUGCACAUUCAGAAAAGGUCCAGAGGAUCCAGUAACAGUUUGUGAAGAGCAGCCUGACGGUGAUGAUGAAAGCCUAAAACAAGCUGCAGUGGGUUCAAGAGAAAGGUUUCCCAUCACUGUGUCUGAGGUCUCAACAAUGUUGAACAGUGCAUUGAGAAAUGAACUGCCUGUAGAAAGUGACAGUUCACUUCUAAUAGAUAUAAACCCUUCUCCUACUGAAAACCUAACCAAAUAUGCAUUAGAUGAUGAGGAAACAAAUCCAAGGCACAAAGAAAAUCUUUGCAGAAGCAGUUUCCUAAAAAUAAGCAGUGAUAAAAAUUCCAUCCAGGAAACAGAAGGCAUCUCUGAGGAUUGUAACGCGCCACUGUUAAGCACAGAAAACAAAUUUGGAUCCUAUCAGAGUACGUUGGAACCUGACAUGGAAGCUAAACUGUUAAGUUUAAAUGGUGAAGAAAAAGAAAUCUCUCAGCCUUGCAAUUCAAACGUACGUGAUAACAUGCCUGAUAAUAACACAGGGGACAAAGGUGCAUUAAAAGCAGAAGAGAAUAGCUCUAAUGCCUGGGGGUUUUUUUCAGUUAAUUUACUUACUGAAGAAUUGCAGUUGGGCUUUGAUAACCAAGUUUCUCUUUCUUCUUCGUCUGAGGAUAAAUUUGUAGGUGAACAAAGACCCCCAAAAAUGAGGAAACCUAAACAGACUCAUACGAACUGUUCAACACAGCUAAACUGCUCUCAGUCAAAUGAAGGAUUGGUAAAGGAAAACCAUCAUGUAACGGUAACUGAAGAGGCUGGCAAUGUAAUAAGCAACGGUCUGUUGGCAACUCCAGCUGGUGAAGUGCACUUUGAUUCCCUUGUGGAAACCAGGGCCACCUUCAUGCAGCGUUCAAGUGAAGUAAAUGUUCCAAGAAAUGAUGCUGCACCAAUUAUAUCAAAGAGGAAAAAAUACAGAAGAAUUGUCAACUUGGCACCGAAGUUUAAUCUACCAAGACAGAUUGGUGGUAGUACAGAGGAAGGGAAGGAAGUUUCGAUAAAAGAUGAUGUUCCCCAAAAAAGUGUUUUGGAAGUGAGGCAAAAAAGCUUUCUAAGCAAGAACCAUGGAGAGGAAUGUGAACAGGCCCAUGCUCUGCAGGAAUAUUCUGCACCUUACAGUGGCACUGAGGCAACCUAUUCCCUACUCACCCUGGAUACAGAUGCUCUGUUACAUGAUAUUUCUUACAUUCAUUCAGAACAAUCUUCUACACCAAAAUAUUCCUGCAGGGUUUCUGUAGUUUCCAGGAUGAAGGAGGAGCAAGCUAGAACUCUUAAGCAACAACAGGUGGUUGAUAAAAAAGAGGGCGAGAGUGAACAGUGUUCUUCAGAGGUUACAAAUAGCCAACCAGAUAUUGUGUCUUCUGUUAAAGUUUUUUCUGAAUAUCCAGAAGUUUCUAGUAUAUUGGCAAGCUGCAGUGAAAGCGUGCGUGAAGCAGAUGACCCUGAGCCAGCAGAGGCCUCACAACUUGAAGAUAAUCAAGAUGAGAAUAUGAGAUGUAGUUUUCUGGGACUUCCCUUAUCGUUAGGAUUUGCUUUUCAACUUGUGCAGCUCUUUGGUUCUCCAGGUCUUCCACUGGAAUCCUUGUUGCCAGAUGAUUAUAUAGUUCCUCUUGACUGGAAAGUUUCAAAGAUGAUCUAUUUACUGUGGAAGACCUCUGUGGAGGAAAAACAGAAAGCAAAUCUAUCACAGGAUGGAAAUGCCUUGGAUUAUAUUAUUAGUCUUGAAGAUCUAAAUAAAAAUCACCAAGAGAAUCAAGACUCUUCGGAAACACUUCCAGAAGUGGAGCUGUUUCAAGGGGUGACAGAGGAGAACAUCCUGACCCAUGCUAGCACUGACAGUCUGGAUGAUGUGUUUCAUCGGUUGUGACUGACCAUCUUAAAUUCUGCAUGAAGGAAAAGUUUUAUUUCAGAAACGUCUCACUUUGAUUCCACCAUGGAAGGACUUCAGUUGGCCACCAAGGAUUUAAAAUGUGAGGAAUAACCUGGAAGAAAGUAACCGCUGUAGAGAUUUGGUGUGAAUCUUUGGCUAUCUUCCCUUCCCACCCCCCUGCAGCCCCCUGAUAUCAACUUCUUUGUCCAUAGAAUAAAAAUCAAAAUGGAGAUAACUUUGUCUUGUGUGGCAAAAGGUCACUUUCUGAAGUCAUUUGGGAUUUAUACCUUCUCAGUAUAUCCUUGAGUGUCAUACGAAGAGAUUGAGAGCAGAGACCAGUAAGCAGAAAAGAGCUGUCUUGUCAGCACGAGUUGUGACCUUCAGGCUCUGGUAUCCAAAAUAUUGCCCCAAGAACUGGUACAUGAACUGCUAGGGAUGCCUACCUGCAGGGAAAGGUGCCUGUUACGUGUCUUAUCCUACUUCUGCCUUUUGUCCUGUCAGGCAUAAUUACAUCCCAGUCUCUUUACAACUUCAAGUGACGUAAGUCUUCAUUAGUCACUCCUUUUCUUUCAUCCGGGGGUACACAACUUGCCUUCUCCUGAAACCAGGCCUAAUGAUUCCCUUCAACUAGACUCGGUUGGCACUAUAGAAAUAAGGAGAAAAUUUCAGUAUAGACCUGAUUCAAACACACUGGAGGAAAGAUGCGCAUGGUUUGUGGCAGACUGAUAAGACCUAUAACUAGCACUGGUAAUCAGUGAUUUGACGUUUCUGUUAGUAGUAUUCCUUUUGCCAUUUUUUACUUAAAAUUCUUAGGAGGUGAGGAGAAAUUUAAGCUAAAAAUAGUGGGGGGGUUUGUGUGCAGUUUUGUUGGUUUUUUUUAAGUAUCGUGGUUUUCCUUCAACAUUAAGCAUGGUGGUUAUUCCUUAGCUAGAACAGUAACCUUACCAGUAGCAAUUCUGUUACUGAGGAAAUUGUCCCAGUAACAUGAGUGGAGUAUUGGUUUCCAGGGGCAGAUGAGCAGCAGAAAUCAAUGAACCCUUGACAGUAAAAUCUAAAAUUUUCCUUACAUACAUAUGUAUGUAAGGCCCACACGGGUGUCAGGAAAGUUGGAAAUACGUUACGUAUGUAGAAUGAGCUAAAUUACAUAGGCGAUGAAUUUCAUCCCAUGAUCUUAAAACACAGUUUCCUGGGUUUUUCUCUGAGGUGUGGUUAGAUUAAUCUAGAUUUUUUUUUUUUUUUUUGUGUGUGUGUGUGUAUGUAGGCUGUAAACAGGGCAAUGCUUUCCCACCAGCUCUCUGUUGGUGUUGCUUUUCUGGAAAAGCACUAAAUUGCCCUGAUGUAUUGCUGUGGUCUGUAAAAUAGCGUGACACGUUCUGUGCCAUCUGUCUUUGAAGUGGUGCUUGUGAUGCCUGGGAAUGGAGUGCUGAGGGUCAACUGAGUUCAUGAUGGCACCUUCACUGGCAGAAGGCCGUGAGUGUAACAACAAACGGGAGGAGGAGGAUAGCUCCUCAUGAAAAAAAUCAUGAGUGCUUGCUGAAAUAGCAAAUAAUGAAGAAGAGACAGGCAAAACAGAAUGGAGGGAGGUGGAAGGACACAUCAAAUUACACCUAAUUAACUUAAUUAUUAAUCAGAAAAAUAAUCAGAAAGAGCAGCCUUUGUCAAUUAAGAGACGUGCAUAAGGCAAGGUAUUUCUUUGCAGUGAGAGGGAGUGACAGAAAAGAACGAUCUCCUCAGGGUGAGAAAAGAUCAUUGAGAAAGGGAGAAACAAGGAAGCUUAGGUUGUGUGUACUUGUCAGAAAUAUUUCCCUCUUUUGCGGCUUCCAGAUCCAGAAUAUUUAUCCAUUUAUUCUUUCAUCUCUUCCUCCUCAUCUUUCCCGGCACCCUUUUCAUUGUGCAUCAGCUGAACAGCCAGUACCUGACUGCAGUCAUGCUGAAGCUCCACCCACCAUGGUCUAAAUUCCCAAUGUGUCCCCGCUCUCCACUUAAAAAAACACUUGCGUAUACAUGUAAGCGGUUAAAGAUGGAUGUAUUUCUAAACUAAUGUUGUAUUUGAACUGGCAAAUUCACUGGCUGCACUUUUUUUCAUGCAUUUCUCUGUACACAUGUGAUGUUUUCCUUUCCUUGGUUAGAAACGUGCUGCUCUUCUACCAGCAGAACAUUAUACAAAAUGUCAUGGGGAGAAGGAAGGCAAUUCUGCUGGCUGUAACCACAGCUUCGGGUUUACCGGAUGUACCAGUCGCAGCAGAAAAGUUAGUGUGGUUUCAAGAAAAUGUCACUCAAGGAUCAGUAUUUUCUUCCUACUUCUGUUUGUUGAGGGAGAAAUCUGAAUGCCUGUAUUUUCUGUUACUGAGUACUGACCUUUCAGAAUGCUUAAAAUAAAACUGGUUUGCAAAAUCUCACAGUAUUGGUUUAAGUUUACUUUAAACCCCUCUGGGAUCUCAAAGUUUAUGUAUUUUCUUUCCUGUCACUUUUGGUUUUUUUCCCCACUUGCUUCAGCUGGGGUGGGUGUGCCACAUCCCGCGGUGGGAUAAGCUUUCCCCCUGUACGCGAACACUCUCUUUAGCGCUAUUUGCAAACUUUACAGCCUAAAGCUCCAGCGUUGUAGCGGGGUGGCGGCGUGUCCCUGAGGCUGGCUUCUCGCCCAGCUGGCGUCGGUGCUGUGCAUGGCUCCCAGAGGCAGAGCGUGAUCCCGCACCAGCUAUUCUUGGUUUUGCUGGAGACUCUUAAUAUUGGCUUGUGUGGUGACCAUGUUAGAGCAGAUCAGGUUUCCUGGUUAAAUUUUGUUACGUUUCCUGCAGUUUCUCAUGUGGUAUGUUUGAAAAGCGAUGCUAACGCCGGCGGCGUGACACGGAAAGUGACCUGUGCGGCGCAGGGCCCUUGUUCAGGAGCAUCUGCUUGGAGUCCUCGUCUGCUUUUGUGGUAGGGUGGGAUCCGGUGGCUCCAGCACUGCUGGGGGUGGGGGGAGAGGAAAACAAGGGUUGGACUGAGCCGGCGGUCCGGCGGAGAGCCCCGCUUCCCCGAGACAGCUGAAACAUGACUAUCCCAGUGCUGUAGUUCUUAGUACUGAUGACUUCUUUAUCAAAAAUGGUGUAUACGUGUUUGAGCCUGACUUCCUCGAGGAUGCACACAAGUGGAACCAAAAGAGAGGCACGUGAAAAUCGGUAUGAAGUUAUAUUCCAAGAACCAGAUACACCCUGGAAGUUCAACGUUCAAGAACUGACAAG